AAGCAACAGCUGACUGUGACACUUGUGUUCCCCGUGAAGAAGAAGAACAAUUUGUUGGAAAAAUCGCAAUUCGCAAAUUACAAAAGUAAAUUCGUGCAAUCGAAGGCAUUCUUGUGCCCCGUCUUGUGGACCCACCUAGUGGCGUGACCGUGAGCAGUGGUGCAUGACAAGACCCAAGAGACCAGCGCCCCCGCAAACCUCUGCAGCCUGAUAUGAGAGCACCCAGGCGGAUCGUGGCCAGUUGAUUCCAGCCUAGUUUUCAGAAUGUUCCGGAGUCGAAGCUGGUUUGGCGGACCCUGGGGCGGGCGGCCUAAGAACCGCCUGUCGCUGGAGCACCUCAAGUACCUGUACAGCAUACUGGAGAAGAACACCACUGUCUCGGAGAGCAACCGCGGACUGCUGGUGGAGUCGCUGCGCUGCAUUGCAGAAAUUCUGAUUUGGGGUGACCAGCACGAUUCCCUGGUGUUCGACUUCUUUUUGGAGAAAAAUAUGCUCUCCUACUUCCUGCACAUCAUGCGUCAGAAGAGCGGAGGCUCCAGCUUCGUGUGUGUCCAGCUGUUGCAGACACUCAACAUCCUUUUCGAAAACAUACGCAACGAGACAUCUCUGUAUUAUCUGCUGAGCAAUAACCAUGUCAAUUCCAUCAUGGUGCACAAGUUCGACUUCUCCGAUGAGGAUGUUAUGGGCUAUUACAUCCUUUUCUUAAAGACGCUCAGUCUCAAGCUAAACACCCAUACAAUACAUUUCUUUUAUAAUGAGCAUACAAAUGAUUUUCCGUUGUACACGGAGGCCAUUAAGUUCUUUAAUCACCCUGAGUCCAUGGUGAGGAUUGCUGUGCGCACCAUUUCCUUAAAUGUAUACAAGGUUCAAAACUCAAGCAUGUUGCGUUUUAUCCGAGACAAAACUGCUGCUCCGUACUUUAGUAAUUUGGUGUGGUUCAUAGGCAAACACAUUUUGGAACUGGAUACUUGUGUGCGCACAGAUAUAGACCACCAGUCAAAUCAGAAGCUUUCCAAUUUGGUAGCUGAACACCUGGAUCACUUGCACUAUUUGAGCGAUAUUCUUUUGCUGGACAUCAAAGAUCUAAACGCGGUGCUCACUGAGCACUUGCUGCAUAAACUUUUUGUCCCCCUGUACAUAUUCUCGUUGACACCAGCUCCGCCUCCGCCAUCAUUGGCGGUGGUCACCCAGAAUCUAGCCGCUGUGCUUAAUCGCAACGUGGACAUCGACAUCCAGGAGAUGCACAACCCUCGAGUAAGCUCUAUUGUGGCCCUUUUCCUGCUCUCAUUGGUCUUCCUGGUGGUUUCACAUGCCCCGCUGGUCCACGCCCUGGCAUGGGUUAUCCUCAACGGCGACCACAGCGUCUUUAAGGAGGGCGCGGCUGAAAUUCUCAAUUCAUACGUUGAGCACCGCGAGGUUGUUGUGCCUGGGUUCGGUGAGCCCAAUGAAAGCCUUGAACAGGCGCUGGAUACAGUGACCGGUCAGUCCAGCGCCUCCAGCUAUGCUCUCAGCGAGGACAGUGGCGUUGAAUCCUCCUCUCCGGCUGCCACAGAACUGGACUCUCAGACAGAUGCGAUAGAAGCAGAGCAGACAAAACUACGUAACAUAACAGAUGAAGAAAAGCAGUUGCUGCAAAAAACAUCUUCCUCAGCGAAGUCAGAUUUUGUUGAGAUGGCCAAACCCUUUUUGGACACUGUCCUGCAUGCUUUGGAUUGCACCGAAAACGAUUACCUGGCGCUGCUUUCUCUGUGCCUCAUAUAUGCAAUGUCGCACAAUCGUGAUGGCAUAAAAAAUGAGUGGUUCGAGCAGGUUCUGGCAAAGUCAACGCGUGGCUCCUUCAGCUAUAAGACAGCCUUGAUUGAGCAGCUGCUGAACAUUAUCACACAGUCUAGUCAGCCAUCCUCCCGCAUUCGCUUGAUCACCGUUGAGAUUGCUUUGGAGUUAUUGGUAACCUUCACCCGUCCCAGCUCUGAUGAGACUCGCUGCAUCACCGCAGCCCAACAGGAUCUCCUCUUCAGCGCCCGUAACCAGUCAAUGGUGGUUCUUCGCAACUUUUACAAGUCGGAAGACAUAUUUCUUGAUCUUUUCGAAGACGAAUAUAAUGAGAUGCGAAAGGCUCAACUAAAUGUGGAGUUUCUGUGCAUGGACUCCACCAUCCUACUGCCUCCUACAGGAACGCCCCUUACAGGUAUUAACUUUACGCGACGCCUUCCCUGCGGGGAGGUGGAAAAGGCCCGCCGAGCUAUCCGUGUAUACUUUCUGCUGCGACGCACGUGCCAAAAGUUUCUGAAUGAGAAGGAGUCCCUGCUGCCGUUGACAAAUGUCAUCAAUCUUGUGCAGGUGGAGAACGUGCUUGACCUAAAUAAUAGUGACCUGAUUGCUUGCACAGUUGUGGCCAAGGACAGCAGUAAACAAAGACGCUUCUUAGUUAUUGAUGCACUGCAGUUAAUCCUGGUUGAGCCAGAUGCCAAGCUGCUAGGAUGGGGAGUGGCCAAGUUCGUAGGAUUUUUGCAGGACGUGGAGGUGCAAGGUGAUAAGGACGACUCGCGGUGUCUGCACAUAACUGUGCACCGCGGAGGGGUCACUCACAACCGCUCCCCGCUGCUCUCGGCAAAGUUCCUUUUUGAUGAUCACAUUCGAUGCAUGGCUGCCAAGCAGCGGCUGACCAAGGGGCGCAGCAAAGCGCGUCAAAAGAAAAUGUACCAGAUCGCCCAGCUAAUCGAGAUUCCUGGUCAAAUGGAUUCGCCAGUAUUCGCUGUGGGCGGCACCAUGGCUGUGCCUAGUGGCGGUGGCAGCGGCAACAGCAGUGGUAGCAGCUCCCGCAGCGGUCAUCAUCGUCCUAUGUUCUCGACGGCCAAUCGCGUACCUGGAUUUGCAGCCGUGCUACGAGGAAACAAUAGCGCCGGGGUUAGUCGUACUCAGAUGGCGCCGAAUCGAUCUAUCGAGGGAAUUAGGAAUGAAAGCGCAGGCCGCUCCCGACGCCGCAGUCCCAGCUCAACUUCGGGCUCUAAUCUUAGGGCAGAUCACUCGGAUCGGGAGCGAUCGCCCAGUGUUAGUAUGGGCAGCCACAGCUCCUCGCAGUCGCGGGAGAACUCCCAGCCCAGAAGCACGGGCAACCGUUCGCGGGAGAGCAGCCCUAGGAUGCCAAGGCCGCGUUCAGAGGAGAUUCCUCUUGAGGAUUUCCAGCACUCGCGCACCAACAGUCCGCACUCCCGGGGAAACCCUUCGCCCGCCUCCCGCUCGCACACGCCAAUUCGGGUGAUCCAUUACGAUCAAAUAUCCGGGCACAGCGGCUCGCCACGAGAUUCAUCUCUUGGGGGUACUAACGCCCUGUUAAGCCAGCUGAACGGCCUGGCCCGCGAAGCCCUGCCAGUGCAGAGCUCCGAGGAAACAUCUUUUAUCGGGAGCGACGUAAACGACUCUACUGGCGGCUCCGACAGCAGGCGUCGGGGAGCCAUUGAGACGGUCUAAAUUAAAUAAGAAAUUCUAGUAUUACAUUGGAAGGAGCCUUAUGCUUAAAUUGUUGCUAACCUUUUGUUAUUCCAAUUGACUUAUGUGGUGGUAAACACUCUUAUUGCUUUUAAUUUUAAAUAAAAGUUAAUUUGACGAAUUUGAA